AUGAGUGAUUUCCAAACUAGAUAAUAUGUAACAUAAUCUUCCCAAAGACAAUAUACAUCAGGCGCCAAGGAUAAUGUCAGAAGCAUCACUCAGGAUAGAGUGGAAUAAGUAAUCACUAGAGAAACUCCUAAGGUUUAGACGACCACUGUGGAAGUGGAAUAAAGAAGUGCAACCAAAAUCCCCAGAAUGUAAUCUUAACAAUUUUUAAGAACUUAAACACAAGGAUUUGUGGGAGGAUAAAGUUAUAUUUCAAAUAUGGCUGCAAUUCCUUAAGUUGGAUAUUAAGGCAAUUAUUCUGUCCAAUAGAAUUGUGUUGCUUCUUAAGCACUUUGCAUGAAUGUUAUUGUAGUUUCAAAGGAGGAAAUUGAAGCUCCUUGGAGACUGGAGUGUGAAUACCUCUAAUCUUUAAUUGCUGAAUUGGAAAAAAGAAAGGAAGUCCAAGUGGUUGAAAAAGAAAAGAUUGUAGUGGAUAACUCCAAAGUAGAUUUCUUAGAGGCUCAAUUAAGACAAUUAAGGUCAGAAAAUGAUUCACUUCAAAUGCAAUUAUAAUCCAUGAGAGGGGAAAUUUAAUUAAGAGGUUCUUAAGCAGAUGACUUAGCUGCUAAAGAAAGAGAGUUUUUCAAUCUAAGACUUAAGUUUGAAAGCUAAAUUUAAGACUUAGAAGGUUAAAUCAGAAGAUUGUAGGAGGAAAAUGGUAGAUUGAGAAAAGAAAACAAUGAAUUGCUUCUCAAAUUACGAGAUUAUGAAACUAAAAUCGCUAUGUUAUCCUCAGAAAUAGAAAGACUUGCUUAUUCUAUUAAAAUCAAAGAUGGAGACCUUGAGGAUUGGAGACUUAGAUAUGAAUAAUUGGAAUCCUAAGGCCAAACUGUUAUCCAAGAAAAAGUGACAUAUUUAUCCUCCGAAGUAGAAGUUUGGAAAUAGAAAUUCAUCAAAGUCAAUCAUGAUUAUAAUGAAUGCUAAGAACAAUUAACUAUGUGUCAAGCUGAAUUAGAGGCUCUUAGGAAAGGAUAAAAGAAGGAAGUUGUUGUAUCAACAUCAAAGGUAGUAACUAGGACAGGUGGAACUACAACGACAUCUUCUAUGGGAUAAACUAGAGGAAGUAGAACUUAUGAGUAAUUUUAACCAUGAAAUAAAGUGCACAUUAAAAUAAUAUUAGGAAUAUAAUAUUUAAUUAAUUUUCAAAA